GCAUUGGACGAGUUCCGCCGUCAGCAGAUGAUCGAGAAAUACGGUGCCCCGUUGCUCGACGCUCUCGGGCCUUGUGUGAUCAUGCCCGACAGUGUCGUAGAUCGUCUGGCUGAGUGCGCGGAAGCAAACAAGAUUGCAUCUACCGAUGACAUCCAGCGCGAGGUUGGCAAGAAGUGGAGCAAGGGUCGGGAAUACGGCGAGACAGUGGUAGGGAUCAUUCAUCAGCACUUUCCUCGCGAGGCACCAUUCGUCUCGACACCUCUGGCUUCGCGGGCACGCGUUAACAACACUGCGGUAGCGUCACCGUCGCCUACCAAUCCUUCAAGAGCCCAGGCAUCAUCAUCGACUCAGACGCCUGCAGUACGGCCGACUGUACGGCAGUAUAAAUGUAGCGCGUGUCAUCAAUCGGGGCAUAACAGUGAGUCGUAC